UUAAAUCAUUUUACCGACUCUGACUAAUUUUUCUUUCCGCAGUGUCCACACUGAUUCUCGAUGCAGCAUUGCCAUUAAUGGCGGCGCUAAUUCGGAGUAUGAUCAAGAGUUCAACCUUCAUAAUUAGCAGCCGCGCAAUACCUAAUCCCCUGCCUUCGUCUCUACUUUCUCGCAGAGGCAUAGCUUCCAAGCUCUUUAUCGGAGGACUUUCAUUUUAUACUACAGAGAAGACACUAUCUGAAGCAUUCUCGCAGUAUGGGCAAGUGAUACAAGGUAAAGUACUCACUCUAUAUUUUUCUCUAGUUCGGCUCACUUCCUAUUUGAUGAUGGUAAUGGUGUACUGUGUCUGCUUGACAGCUCAAGUUUUACAAGAUCAUGUUUCAAAAUGUUCCAAGGGUUUUGGGUUUGUAACUUAUGCAUCAGAAGAUGAGGCUGAUAAAGCCUUGACAGAGAUGAAUGGAAAAGUAUGUCUUUUGUAUUUUAAGCUGCUCUAUGUUUCAAUAUAGUUAUAAUCCUCGUAUUAGAUGAUUGCUGUAAACUUGCAGCAACUACACGGUCGUGUUAUCUUUGUGAGUUAUGCAAAGCGUAAAUGCAAUUUUCAGGAGGGAAUUCCUGUAGCACGAGGACCACCUGAAACACAAGUACAUGAUGCGAAAGCAUUGAAGUGAUGGAAACACGAGUUCAACUAUUUGCCUAACAUUUAAUGGCACUCCUUACUCCUUAGUUCUGCAAACGAAAAUAAAACAACCCUUAGCACACUACCGGCCUUAAUUUUCUAGUUUCAGAUGAUGUUUAAAGGUCCUAUAGGUGAUAGCAUGUUAUGUUCAUGGAGUUAUCUGAAAGCACUGGGCUUGUGUUCCGUUUCCUUUCUAUCAUGCAUACUAGUCUAAUCUCUUGAGAGUAGAGAGUAGAGACUUGAGACUAGAGACUAGAGACAGUGGAAGGUUCAGUUGCUUCGCAUCAGUCGAAGGUUUGUUGUUCUGUUAAUCAGUCAGGUCUUCACAUAUAAAUUGCAUUGCAAUAGCCUUUGUAUCCAUUUUAUUAUGGUAACCAAGUUUCCAUGUUUGCGAGUUUAGGAAAGAAGAGGAAUUAAAACAGUUUUUGCUGAUUCCUGUAGGAUAGAUAUUACUAUCUUAGUUAUUUCCAGUUCAUAUAUUUUGGUGGACUGAAUAUUUUGAGAUUGAAAUAAUACUAUAGUUAUUGAUUCCGCAUUCGUA